GUUUUGUAGCCCGUUAGCAGCAUGAUGCUGAGGAGGACGUAAAUGGACGCAGGCUACAAGCCGCAGCCAUGGCAUCACCGAAUGCGUCGCCCAGAGGUUGUGCGGCUGUAGGGGAGCUGUGAUUUAAACAAAAAGGUGGGAGCUGCUUAGUGUUUCAAUGGCCGUCGGGUGAGAAACUAUGCGGCACCACUGGCUGCUCCUCGGGGCUUGCGGCUGGGUGCUGCUCAUCCUCAUGUUUGCCAGCAAAUUCAUCAACUUCAGAGCUGCGGAUGAUUAUGGGGAGAGGGCUGGAGGACAGAGCUGGACCGAGCCCGGCACCAAGCUGCUUCAGCCCAACCCGGAGAAACCAGCUCCAAAGGCGACUGAUGUGCCCUCGGUAGUUCCCUCGGUGGCAGAAUGGCAGUCUGUGGUGGAGAAGCGAAUCGAGUUGCUCUCCGCCGUGUGCAAGAACAACACCCUCAGGAAUCUCACUCAAGUCUCCGUCUCCAAGUUCAUCCUGGACCGCAUCUUCGUCUGCGACAAGCACAAGAUCUUGUUCUGCCAGACGCCUAAAGUGGGCAACACACAGUGGAAAAAGGUCCUCAUUGUGCUCAACGGAGCGUUCCCCAACGUGGAGGAGAUCCCAGAGAACUUGGUUCAUGACCACGAGAAGAACGGCUUGCCUCGCCUCUCAUCAUUCACUCCGCAGGAAGUCACUGAAAGAUUAAAUUCAUACUUUAAAUUCCUCAUUGUGAGAGACCCCUUUGAGCGCCUCAUCUCUGCAUUCAAAGACAAAUUUGUGAAGAACCCGCGCUUCGAGCCUUGGUACAAGCACGAUAUCGCUCCAGCCAUCAUUCGUAAGUACCGCAAGAGCCACCGAGACAGCGACCACGCCGGCUCCGGCCUCCGCUUCGAGGACUUUGUCCGCUACCUGGGCGACGUGGAAGGACGCCGCCACAUGGACCGGCAGUUCGGCGAGCACAUCAUCCACUGGGUGACUUACGUCGAAUUGUGUGCGCCGUGUGAGAUCCACUACAGCGUGGUGGGCCAUCACGAGACUCUGGAGCAAGACGCCUCCUACAUCCUCAAAGCUGCAGGCAUCGAAGAGCUGGUGUCGUACCCCGCCAUCCCUCCAGGCAUCACCCGCUACAACAGGACCAAGGUGGAGCACUACUUCUCAGGCAUCAGCAAGCGGGACAUCAGGCGCCUGUAUGCGCGGUACCAAGGCGACUUUCGCCUCUUCGGCUACCCGAGCCCAGACUUUCUACUGAACUAAACAGCACUGACUAAAAGACAGUUUUUCAUAUCAGAUCUCUAACAUUCAUCUUAGUCAGUGUUCUGUUUACUGAGGCGGAGGCGUAUCGUAGCUGAUUGUGUGCCAUAGGACAGUAAACUUUACACAUUUCCAACCAGGCAGACGUACAAGGCCGGUAUGCAGUAGUUGUGCACUGUAACCUCUUUUGCUCUUAGUCUCCUGUGUUGGAGUCACUGACUGGUUGUGGCUUUGUUUGCCAUAUUAGCAGCACUACAAAUGCUGCUUACUCCUAUUUAACAAUGUGUUCUUAAGAUGUUUUUACAUGGUGGGGCCUUGGUUGAGUAUUUUGACUGAUAAUGACUUAAUACAGUGAGGAGGGGCAGUAGGUCAAUAUUUGAAGAUAUGCCGCUCUUUGUAUAUGGUACUCAGCAUCUAACAACUAAAAGAGUUUUGGAAAUAAGAGAAAUUAGGUCAAUAGACUAAGCUGUUACAAGACAGUCAAGGUUUAACUAGGAAUAAAACCUGUUACGCAUGUAUGUUUAUUCUUGAGUGUCCUUGUAUAGCAGAGAGGUGUGCUCUGCAAUGCAAUGGAUACAGGCCUGUUACCCCGUUAUGUAGCUACUAUAUUGCACUGUAUGGAUCUCUAGUUCCAAUGUACCGUCCUGUUGAGGAAAAGCUAUGAACAAGGCCAUGAGUUUUGGAUACGUUGUGUCUUUUCUGUACUUCCCGCCAUCAAGCUAAAGGUACGUAAAGACAUGACAUCAGGGUUGCCAAUAUUUUUGACUGAAAGCGACAACAUAAUAAAAUAAGAUUGGACGUUGAUGUUUGGCCAUAUAUUUUUUAUGAAACAAGAAAACAUUCGCAUUUUAGACACUGUCCUCAUUACUUGCGGAAUACAAGGCCGAUUCAUGUUUUGGAAGAUACAAACUCAGUCCUCAUAUUUCAAAAUAAAACUUUUGCCAGUAUCUGAAAGGACAUUGACGAGGGACAAUCCCCACAGCCCAAGCUUUGAGCAGCCCUGAUCUACUCUGUAGCUGUGGAUGGAGAAGACCUGCCUCUGUUAAAACGGUCCAAAAAGUAGCAGCUGCUUUUCACUCCUCGGUUUAUUUGAACUGUAGACACUGAAGGUCAACUGAAGGAACUUAUCCCUGAACUUGAAGGGUCACAUUUUUAUCCUCAUUAUCAGACAUGUACUGUGUAAAUGUUCUUAACAUAGCUUGUAACCCAACAUGUUUGUAGAACAUGUUUAUAAUCUGGAACAUUAACCUGCUGACUCGUCAGACAAACCGUGUCUGGGCCGUGAGACACACCUGCCUCCCAGCAUCGUCCCGCUGGCCUUUGGACAGGCAGUCAUAAGGACAGCACUAGCAAGUAAUAAAGUUGUAUUUAAAACAAAA